AUGCCAAGAGAUCAAGAUGCUCAACUUUCUCUACCAAAUUCCAAUCUGGUGAUUCAAGAUACCAUCAUGUCUCUAGCUGAAGUAGUACAUGAAACUCAAGUUGAUGAUGUUAUUGAUCAUGAUAGUACCAAAGGUAAAGCUAAGGUAUUAGCUCAAAGUUCCGAGAAUGUGACUCAAAAAGGAGUAGCUAAUAAUUUCCAGAUGGGCCCAUUUGUUAAUCGAUCCUCUGCUUUGAAGAUUUUUGAUGUUGGGCAUGUCCAACAGAGCUCUCCUCUUCUGAACAACGAGAUUCCAAUCAUAUUUAAACAAGUUACAACCCAGAAUGUCACAGUUCAAAAAUUCAACUAUAAUGUGCCUGUUGAUGAUACUCCAAGCAACGGUGGUGUCCGCAAUGAUUCCCUUCAUGAGGCUGCUUCUCUGAAUCUAGGUAAACUCAAAUCCUUCUCCCCUAUUAUUGAUCCCACUAAUACUGCUAUAAAUUCCAAUCCUUUUCCUGUUAAUAAUAUGAAUGUGCUUGGAUGGAAUAUUAGAGGAUUGGGUAAGAAAACAACUAGUAAGGAACUUAACUUGUUGUGUAGAAACAUUAACCCUAAUAUUAUCUUUCUAUCGGAAACCAAGAUGAAUAAAGACUUGGCUGCUAGAAGAAUAAAAAUUUUUGGAUUCCCUUGCACUUUUAAUGUCCCAAGUAUUAGUAGAAGUGGUGGUCUUGUCCUUGCUUGUAAUAAGGAAAUUCAACUCAAUAUUCUAUCUUCUAGUUUGAGGGGCAUUUAUGUUACUACUACUGAUACUAUCCACUUCAAAGUGUGUCACUUACAUUUCAUAUAUGGUGAACCUAAUAGCAGUCUUAGAAAAUCUUUUUGGGAAGAUCAAUGUCAGUUACCUAAACCACCUUUAGACGAACCUGUUUUCUUUAUAUGUGACUUUAAUGCUCUGCUAGGUACUAAGGAUAAAAAUGGUGGCUUAGAAGUUGAUGAUUCUGACUUUCUCAAUCUCAGAAAUUUUUGUGAUACUUUUGAUUUGCAUGAUCCUGGUUUCUCUGGCCCUAGAUUUACUUGGUCUAAUAUGCAACAAGGUCCUGAUCUUAUUCUUGAACGUCUUGAUAGGUGUCUAAUUAAUCUCAUUGCUGAAACUUUGUUCCCUAAACUGUGUGUUAAUAAUUUGUCCAGAGAUUCUUCUGAUCAUUGUCCUACGCAUAUUGGUUUUAACUACGAUGAUGUUUGCAUGCCUAGGCCUUUUCAUCUCAUGGCUAUGUGGGUAGAGGAUCCCAUUUGUAGAGAUAUUAUUGCCAACUCUUGGAGGGAACUUGGUGAUACCCAAACCAUAGCUCCUAUAGAUUGUAAAGUCAUCUCUAGACUCAAAGCUAGAUUGGAAUAUCUCUACAAUUUGGAAGAACUCUAUUGGAAAGAUAAAUCCAGAGAGGUUUGGCUCAUGGAAGGUGAUAUAAAUUCACCAUAUUUUCAUAGAGUCACCCUUUUCAGGAGAAAUAAAAAUGAUAUUAGUUGGAUUAAAAAUGCUGCUGGUACUAUUCUAACUGAUAGACAUAGCAUUAACACAUCUUUUAUUGACCAUUUCAAAACUUUGUACUCUUCAAACCCCCAACAAUUCCAGGAUGAAAUCCUUCUUGAUCUUCCUGUUAAAUUUUUUGAGAAUGAUAAUUCUUAUAUAAACUCUCCCCUCACUGCGGAGGAGAUUAAAAAUGUUGUUUUCCAAAUGGGUGGUGAAAAAGCCCCUGGCCUUGAUGGUUUUACUGAUCUGUUCUAUCAAAAAUAUUGGGAUAUUGUGGGAGAAGCUGUUGUUGAUAUGACUCAAACUUGCUUCAAAACUUAA